GAGGCGUUCAGUUAGUUCGGAGCUGCUGUGUGUGGACUGGAUGGGUUCUGGUGACGAGGAGCAGAACGCGAAUACUGAACCAGGAGGAAAGACGGUGGGGUUUGGCGUGUUGCUGCUUGAAGAAAAGUUGUUUCUGUCCUCCGGAUACAUGCUCAGGACAUUUAUUGCUAGAAGGAGCGCUGUACGGGCUGCUUGUUAUGAACAUUUAAACUCGGCCUGAAUUGAAGGAGGUGCAGAGCUGAGUGAGGCCCUGCAAUGAGAGCCCUUUGCCAUCCUGUCUCCCCCAGACCUCCAGGAGGAGCACACCGUGCGACACACUGAGUGUGCGGUUUGUCUGAUGCAGUCAGGCUGCCAUGGCUCUGGUUCAGGCACUACCUGUGAGUGACCAUCCCAAUCCAGGUCUUGACUUCCACCAGCGCCGGUCACCAUCAUCCCACUCCCCCUCAGAUCCCUGCUCUGGCCCUUGUGGGGCCUGCAGCUCUGAUACAGCCAUGGGUUCAGUCAGCAGUCUUAUAUCAGGCAGAACAUAUCAAGAGAGGCACUGCAGGGCUGGCAGCGAAUUCACCAACAAGCCACGUCGUUCUAUGCCAGCUACCAGCUGCUUCCAGCUACAGGAUAAGAGCCUCCGCAGUGGGAGCUCUCUGGAGCACUUGCUGGUAAACAACAAUCAAACACAGCCUCAGGCCCAGGUUUUACCUCCACCACUGCCCACUAAAAAGCAGCCGCGACCUGGAAACUCUGCCGGGGCAGGCGGAGGUGGAGUGGUUGCUGGAGCGCCAGAGGGUGGAACUAAUGCAAACUUUGCAUAUGUAAGUGAAGAUGUGGUUGUUGGAGACUGGAAUGACAACCUGGUGCUUACCGUUGCAAGCCCCUGCAGCGAUCCCGAGGACCAAAAGGACAAUGGGACUGUGAACGGCAACAUUGGUGGACCUCCUCCCAAACUCGUUCCAGUGUCUGGACAGCUAGAGAAGAACAUGGAGAAAGUGUUGAUCCGUCCCACAGCAUUCAAACCAGUUGUCCCCAAGAACCGUCACUCUGUGCAGUACCUGUCUCCACGGCCAGGAGGCAGCACUCUGUCAGAGAGCCAGGCCAGCCUGAACCUCCUGUUGCCCCUUGGUGCCCCCAACAGCACUAGCAGCACAAAUUGUAACAUUGGAAGCUGCAGCUCCAGCUCUGAGGGGAAACCAAACUUGUACAGCGGAGGUCGUAAUGCUCGCAGCAGCCAGUCCUGCUCCAUGUCAGAUUCAGGGAGAAACUCCCUCUCCAGCCUCCCUACUCAAAGCAGCACAGUCUACAGUUUGGCCCCCAGUGAGGGAUCCAGCUCGGGGUCUGGUUCCGGGGGCCCGGUGGAGCCUGUGUCAGCGCUGGUUCGCAACACUUCAGGAGGAAGUGGGAGCCAUGGUCAUAGCAAUUCAGACAGCGGACGUUCCUCCUCCAGUAAAAGCACAGGCUCGGGGUCGCUGAGUGGGCGCGGGCAGCCCCUGUCUGACAGCGGGUCCUGUGGCCACUCGUCACCGCCUGUGGAGGGAUACGAAGUGGUGAUGAAGGAACUGGAAGAGAAGCUGAGGGAGCGAGACCUGGAACUCCAACAGCUCCGGGAAAACCUGGAUGAGAAUGAAGCAGCCAUCUGCCAGGUGUAUGAAGAGAAGCAGCGACGGUGUGAAAGGGAGAUGGAGGAGUUAAGACAGAGCUGUGCAGUCAAGAUGAAACAGACGUCUCAGAAAGCUCAGAGAGCACAGCAGGUGCUGCAAUUGCAGGUAUUCCAACUACAGCAGGAGAAAAAUAAGCUGCAAGACGACUUCUCCUCUCUGCUGCAGGACAGAGAAACACUAGAGAGAAAGUGUGCCACCAUCCAGAGGGAGCAAACGCAGCUGGGACCUCGUCUGGAGGAGACGAAGUGGGAGGUGUGUCAGAAGUCUGGAGAGAUCUCGCUUCUGAAGCAGCAGCUGAAAGAAAUCCAGUCAGAGCUCAGCCAGAAAGCAGGUGACAUUGUGGUGCUAAAGGCCCAACUAAGGGAAGCUCGCUCUGAGCUGCAAGCAAGCCAGGCCCGAAGUCAGGAGGCCCAGAUUGCCCUGCGGACAAGAUCUCUGGAGCUGGAAGUCUGCGAGAACGAACUCCAAAGGCGUAAGAGCGAAGCCGAGCUUCUGCGGGAGAAGAUGAGCCGUCUGGAGGACGAGUCAGGCUGGCUCCGUGACACACUGUCCAAUCACGGUGGAAAGUUAACCAAGAAGGGACUUGCCAUGGGCACGCUCCAACAGGGAAGAGUUGUGAUGGGAAGGGGAGGUCCCAGCCCCUACAUGUACCAUGAUGGAGAGGAUGGGUAUCUGGUGUGGGGAGGAGAGAGCGAUGAAGCCAAGGCUCAGAGGCAGAAUACAGAAACACUGAUGGGACUCAGACAGCAGGUGGAUCGACUGAAAGCUGAGCUCAUGUAUGAGAGAAGAACUGGUGAGGAGCAGCGGUCACGCUUCGAGGAAGAGAGGAGGGUGUGGCACGAUGAAAAAGAAAAAGUAAUCCGCUACCAAAAGCAGCUGCAGCAGAACUACAUCCAGAUGUAUCGCCGCAACCGUGAUCUCGAGCGAGUGAUGAGAGAGCUGAGUCUGGAGCUUGAGAACAGGGACAUGGAGGACUACGAGGUCCGCAGCGGCAGCAACGACAUCCACUUUGAGGAAAUCACUGCCACAGAAAUCUAAACACACACGCACAUAAUACAAUAAUAUGAACCACAACAUGGAGAAAACUCACUAAAGUCCCUGAAGAUGCAAACCAAACAUUGACCUGUGGACCAAAUGCUGCACUAGCUUCAAUGUGGUGUUACCUGGAGCACUGACCGAGCUCUCAUCACUGUUAAAAAGGGGGACAUAUCCCAAAGGUGCAUUUGUUAUUUCCUGUUAACAAAGGUGUACCCCACUAAUCCUCAUAUGGCUUCUCCUACAAGGUUUGUAUUAGGGUUUUACCUCUAUAAAGCCAGCACAAAGACUGUAUCUUUCUGAGACCAAAAGCAGUGAGGAGUUUGUCAUUGUCAGAAUGUCUUUAAAUCAGGGUAUUUAAAUUAAACAGAAACAUAAAGCAAGAAAUAUAUGAAAUAUCCCCUAAAGAGCAAUCUCAUGAUGAUGCAGUUAAGCUUUUUGGCUGCUUGCAAUAUGAAACCCCUGGCCACCAGCAUGUACAGUAUAUAAUCAGGCUUCAACACAGCAGUUCAGUUACCAGUGACCAAGCUAAACUGUGGCACCACAAACACCAACUUCAAUGCAUUGACAGUUUGGAUUCCUCAUUUAACAACCUGUAAAUACGUUAGAGGACAUCUUGUACUUAAGCGUUAUGGCUGCAGUUUGUUCUAUUACAGCACAUGUGUGGUAACCUGUCCUUCCAGAGAGAAGCAACAUAAUAACUCAUCUCUGCUUAGCUCACUGUGAGAAAAAUAGCAUGAUUUUACCCAUGAUUUCCAGCUCUUCUUUGUUUGGGAUUAGUCUGUUUUCUUCAGAAGAAAAUCGUUUGUUUACUUGACCUCUUACUUGUGGACAACUAGUUCUGUGGUUUCCCCCACCCCCCAAGACUCCAGGACCCAAUAAAAACUAAUCCUCAUUUUGAACUCAUGUUUUUUAGUCAUGCCAGGCCUCAUAAAACUGGUUCAGACAUUGUAGCAAGCCCUUAUUUAGCUCGGAGAAGAGGUGAAGCAUGGCAUAUAUCACUAGGGUUUGUAAAGGAUUCUCCUUUUUCCUUUGUUUUUCUUCCUAUUCUAACUUUCUGCUUUGUUGUUAACUAUUUUAACCUAUCUGCUAUUAGUACCAGAAUUAAACUAAACCUAAACCAUUAUCAAAAGUACAGGAUUGCCAUCUUGUGUGGCAUUACAGAUUAAGUAUGUGCCUAGUUUCUCUUUUGCAUUUCUUUCUUUUUACCGUGACUCACACGGUGCACAUCAAACGUUUACACACAGAAUGAAUAAAGCAGGGUUCCAUUCAAACCUCUGCACCCAAAUCUUUUUUUUUUUUUUUUUCAUUCAUUAAACUAAUUAUCUUAUAAUCGGACCUUCCCUAAAAAGAAUGUCUUCAGUGCAUUAUUGAAGCCCAACACAAUCUUGCCCUUGUUGAGUGUAUGUAAACUUCUGCACUGUACUAGUGUUCUACAUGGUCAUUACUGUCAAAUCAAAGCCAAAACAAAAAACUUGUAGACGUCUUCUGAGAUCCUGCUAGAUGACCUCAUAAUUUUUACUAAAUGCUAUAGGAGAUGAAAGUGGCAUGUUUGCAUGUCUUUGUUUGUAAGAGAUUUCUGAGGAACCAGGCUCAGGUGAAGUGAGAGUUUGCAGAGGUGUUUGCUCUUGCAGUGUUCAAAGCCGACAGGCUUUUCAUGGAGCGUGGAAACAUCCUCACAGUAAAUGCAGGGCUGUGUGUGACACUGAGCAUAGAGAUAUAGGGCUGCUGAGAACUUUAUUUUGCAAAGAGUCUAUAUUAAGGAAUACAAGUCAAGAUAAACGGAAAUCUAUAUAAUGGAGGAAAAGUUGUAUAUUUUUUAUAUAUAUGUAGCACCUGAAUAUAUUUUGCUGUAAUGCUGGUGUAAUGUAGAUCUUAUACCAAUGUUUCAGUUGAUGAAUCAGUUACAAACAGAAGCAUCUGCAGAGAGAAUGUGUGCACCUAAUACUGUAAUGCAUGACAAGUUAAUGUUUACAUUAAAUAAUCUGUGUUAAAAAUCAUACAUUCUGAUGAGCAAACUAGCUGAAAAGCAGGUGAUGAAACCGAAGGGAGUUUUUUUUUUUUUUUUUUACAUUUUGCUCAUCUUUGCCUUUUUGUAAUUUUAUUUUGAGCAAUCCUUAAGUUGAUUUCCAGUAUCAUAAUAUCCAUUGCCUCCUUGUUGCAUUUUGUCACACAGCAUUUGCUUCUAAAGUACAUGAGACCAGUGUUAUUUUGAGGGACGUCUUUAUUAAUCUGAUAGCAGGACUGAUGCAAGCCAAGAAAGUGUUCGUUUUCCAACAUAUUUCAUUUUGCUGCAUCUUAUUACCACUUUCAUUGUGGUUCAUGAAAUAGUCUAGAGUGUUAAGCACUGUGUAUACGUUCUUAUGGUACAGCCAUGGGAAGUAGCUCAGUUUUGGUUAUCCUGCCACAUUCCCUGUAAUCUGACGUAGACUGUUACUCAGCACAUCAGCACAUCAACAAGUACAAGUUCUGACUCAAACACUUAAAGUUUUCACAUAUCUCAGCUUCAAAGUACCAUAACUGUACUGUGUAAAUAUGUACAUCUAGCAGUAUUACCGUGUCGCUGUCUUUUAUUUAGACAAAAUAUCUAUUUCCAACGUAGCCACUGUGACUAGACCAAAGCAACGUAACAUUUCUUUUGUUUUUUUGUUAAAUUUUUUUAUCCUUUUGUGAGCAUUAAUUUUGUAUUUUUACUUUCUCUGUGAUGUCAUUAAUUCAUAAAGUAUGUAGCUGUCUGUGUAUAUUUUUAUGUGUACAUUACUUGUACAAAUGACAGUGUUUUUAAUUAAAGAGCAAGUGGUCACACCUUAAAAUUGA